GCACGGGAUCGAGAUCUUUGGGACGAUGGCUUGCUGAACGGAAGCGAACGGUGGCAGGAUGUUUGGCCGUGUGCGCGCCGCUUUCUUCACCCUGGUAAUUGCCACGUCUUUGUUGCAAUGCACACAGCAGGAAGGAAGUAGGCAAAGUAGAGAUGUAAUACUCAAUAUCAAAGAUGAUCAGAAAAGUCAAUAUUUAAAUCAAGAUUUCUAUUCUAAUGCAUACAAUUAUGGUUACCAAGUAAGUCCAAAUGGACAAUUUCAUCACGAAGUGCGUGGACCGGAUGACAUUACAUAUGGAUGCUAUGGAUAUAUAGAUCCAUAUGGAAAACUAAAAACAACAUUUUACAUUAGUGAUGGCUGGGGAUAUAGAGUCGUUCAACCAGGAAAUUCAGUCGAACUGUUUCUUCAUGAACAUGAACAUCAUCACGAAGAUGAUACAGAACAACAUUAUCAUGACCACAACGAUGAUCACCAUGAUCAUAAAGGUGUAAUUACGGAGUGGAGAAAUCUAUAUUUCCCAGAAAUAUGCAGACAAUUCGAUGGAACAAAUGCUGGACCAAACACUAAACCAAUCCCAGAAGAAGAAACGAGUGGUUCAAGCAAUGCUGGAAUACCUAUUCAACCAAGCCAACCAACACCAAUGCCGGAAUAUCCUAUUAAACCUGGGUAUCCUCAACAACCUGAACAAUCUCAAAAACCAGGAAUAACAGAAGUGCCAGUGACGAUGGGACAACCAGGAAAACCAGGAUAUCCAGGAAUACCGGGAAUACCCGGAUCACCGCCAAAACCUGGAUAUCCUGGAAAACCUGGAAGCCCACCACAACCUGAAUCACCGGGAAGACCAGGACAACCAGGAUAUCCUGGCCAACAUGGAUCACCUGGAAAACCAGGACAGCCGGGAUAUCCUGGCCAAUCUGGAACACCUGGAAUACCUGGAACUCCGCCACAACCUGGAUAUCCUGGGCAACCUGGAUCACCUGGAAAACCAGGACAGCCGGGAUAUCCCGGCCAACCUGGAACACCCGGAACACCAGGAACACCUGGAAUACCUGGAACUCCGCCAAAACCUGGAUAUCCUGGACAACCUGGACCACCUGGAAAACCGGGACAGCCGGGAUAUCCUGGCCAACCUGGAACACCUGGAAUACCAGGAACUCCGCCACAACCUGGAUAUCCUGGGCAAUCUGGAUUACCUGAAAAACCAGGACAGCCGGGAUAUCCUGGCCAACCUGGAAUACCCGGAACACCAGGAACACCUGGAAUACAUGGAACUCCGCCACAACAUGGAUAUCCUAGUCAACCUGGAUCACCUGGGCAACCUGGAUCUCCUGGAAAACCGGGACAGCCGGGAUAUCCUGGCCAACCUGGAAUACCCGGAACACCAGGAACACCUGGAACACAUGGAACUCCGCCACAACCUGGAUAUCCUAGUCAACCAGGGUAUCCUGCAAAACCAGGACAGCCAGGAUAUCCUGGCCAACCUGGAAUACCAGGAACACCAGGAACACCAGGAAUACCUGGAAUACCUGGAACUCUGCCACAACCUGGAUAUCCAGGGCAACCUGGAUCACCUGAAAAACCAGGACAGCCGGGAUAUCCUGGCCAACCUGGAAAACCAGGACAACCAGGACAUCCUGGAACACCUGGAACGCCGGGAAUACCUGGAACUCCGCCACAACCUGGAUAUCCUGGUCAACCUGGAACACCAGGAACAUCUGGUACACCUGCAACUCCGCCACAACAUGGAUAUCCUGGUCAACCUGGAUCACACGGAAAACCAGGACAAUCAGGACAUCCUGGAACUCCGCCACAACCUGGAUAUCCUGGUCAACCUGGAACACCAGGAACACCUGGAAUACCUGGUACACCUGGAACUCCGCCACAACCUGGAUAUCCUGGUCAACCAGGAUUACCCGGAAAACCAGGACAACCAGGAUAUCCUGGAAUACCUGGGACGCCGGGAAUACCAGGAACACCUGGAAUACCUGGUACACCUGGAACUCCGCCACAACCUGGAUAUCCUGGUCAACCUGGAACACCAGGAACACCUGGAAUACCUGGUACACCUGGAACUCCGCCACAACCUGGAUAUCCUGGUCAACCAGGAUUACCCGGAAAACCAGGACAACCAGGAUAUCCUGGAAUACCUGGGACGCCGGGAAUACCAGGAACACCUGGAACUCCGCCACAACCUGGAUAUCCUGGUCAACCUGGAACACCAGGAACCCCUGGAAUACCUAGUACACCUGGAAUUCCGCCACAACCUGGAUAUCCUGGUCAACCAGGAUUACCCGGAAAACCAGGACGACCAGGAUAUCCUGGAAUACCUGGGAUGCCGGGAAUACCAGGAACACCUGGAAUACCUGGUACACCUGGAACUCCACCACAACCUGGAUAUCCUGAUCAACCUGGAUUACCCGGAAAACCAGGACAAUCAGGAUAUCCUGGAAUACCUGGGACACCGGGAAUACCUGGAAUACCUGGAACUCCGCCACAACCUGGACAUCCUGGUCAACUUGGUACACCCGGAAAACCAGGACAACCAGGACAUCCUGAAACUCCACCACAAUCUGGAUAUCCUGGUCAAGCUGGAUCACUCGGAAAACCAGGACAACCAGGAUAUCCUGGAAUACCUGGGACGCCGGGAAUACCUGGAAUACCAGGACAUCCUGGAAUUCCACCACAAUCUGGAUAUCCUGGUCAACCUGGAUCACCCGCGAAACCAGGACAGCCAGGAUAUCCUGGAAUACCUGGGACGCCGGGAAUACCUGGAAUACCUGGAACUCCGGCACAACCUGUAUAUCCUGGUAAACCUGGUACACCUAGUAAACCUGGUAAACCUAGUUCUCCUACGCCAUCUCAUCCUGGAUAUCCCAGCAUUCCUGUGGCACCUGGAGUACCUGGAAUUCCCGGAACACCUGGGACACAAUCACAACCUGGAUAUCCCGGAAUUUCCGGUUUUCCCCCAGGUAAACCUGAUAAACCUGGUAAACCUGGUAAACCAAGCAAACCGGGUCAUCAUGGCUAUCCUGGUACUUCGAAGCCAGGUCAGCCCGAACAUCCGCCAUAUCCAGGAUAUCCUCUCGCACCUGAGGGUUCAUCUGGUGACAUAGGUCCUGAUGGUCCUAACGGCCCAUGGCCUAAUGGUUCCGACGGUCCUCAAGGUCCAGCCGGUCCCGAAGGUCCAGGUGGUCCCGAAGGUCCAGGUGGUCCCGAAGGUCCAGGUGGUCCCGAAGGUCCAGUUGGUGGAGUAGGAGGAAUAGGUGGUGAUGGACCGCCUGGUCCUGAUGGCCCAUGGCCGACAGGAUCCCCUGGUCCGGAUGGACCAUGGCCUGGUGAUCCGGAUUAUGUUCCUGGUGUUGCUCCAACGACACGACCUCGAUAUGAAGGGCCAAUCAAAGUUCAAUAUCCUAUUAAAUACUACGAACCUACAACGCCAACGACUAUCGAUAAUCAUCCAUUUUUUGGUCAGAAGCAAGUAGAUCGAUUAUCUAAGUACAAUUCGGAAUAUAUCAAUAACCACACUCUUAACGAAAAUUACGAAAAAAAUGUUGAGUCCACAGUGUUAGCGUAUCCAACAAAAAUAAGCAGCCCCUUCGGUUUAAAGGAUGCUCAAUUCAGAAAAGAUCAAUCAAGGACGCGUGGUUAUCAGUCAGGACAAGUGAAUCAGAAUGCGGACGAAAUUAAUUCCUUGUUGUACACGCGACGAAAAGAAUCACGUAAAUACAAAGAAGAGGAAGAGCAUAGUAAAUACGAGGAUGUUCAAAAAGUGGUAUCGCAAACUUCUCGGACCACUACUGGCAUUAAAUACCCUAGUCGAGGAAGAUUCCAAGGUUCCCGCGAAAAUCGUAAAUAUCCCCAAGAAGUCACUAAAAUAAGUGAACCGGUUAUUCAAAUAGAGACAGACCGCGAACAACAGGCCAAUGUAAAGCAUCAACCACCAAAUGGAAAUCAUAUCGCGUUCGCGAAACAGGUAAACCAAUUGUCCGAGCAAUCUAUCGAAUCAAAGCCCGAGCUCGCCGCGAUCGGCGUUCAUCCACCGAACACGAUCAACAUCAAGCCCUACCAGCAAUCUAUAGGGCCAGAUCCGCAAACCUGUCCCUGCUAUCUUGUCGAGCCGAGUAACAAUACAGCAACCAUCACGAGCACGACAUCCAUUCCCCUGAUUGGUCAGCUUGGCUUCAUUCCCGUGGUGUUCGUACCGUACUGUCCAGGCGACGAUAUGACGGACAGCACCCAAAACAUGAAAGACAUGUUCCCCUCCGCAAUGCCUGUCCCAUAUGCAUGCGACGCAUGCGAUUCUCAAAACGGGAGAGUCGAGACGAAGCUUGUCAGCCUAAAUCAGCUUGGCAAUAUAGAGAAUCUUCGCGAGGCGUUGCGGCAAGCGAAACUUGGCUUUUUAAAUGUUUCAGCACGCGGUCAAAUCGAAAGGAGAAGGGCAAAGCUACGGAACGUCAAAUGAAGAGUGCGAUUGCAACACACGGAUUGUAAAUCGUUACUCGAAAGAAGCCACGCGUUCGCGUAAAAACGAUUCGUAAAACGAUCAAACGGUGCCCGUCCAUUAGCUGCUGGACAGCUGACGGAUGGCCAAAAGGAGACACGAAAGCCAAUAAAGGAGAAAUCAUCGUCUCGCAGAAGGUAAUCAUGAUCUGUGCGUUCUUGUAAAAUCAGGUAAAAGAUAAUAAGUUGUGAAUGUUAUAAACGAUUUACGAUAAAUCUUAAAAGAAUUCUAACGAUAGUUUUAAGUUCUAGAUUGUAAGAAAUUGAUCGAAUAUCAUUGCCUUCUCUCUUAUUGAUAUCUAUAUAAUUGUGGAUGCAAUUUUCUUAGGAUUUAGAACUCAGGGAUUUGAAACUUAUUGUACAUCAAUAGUAACAGUUUUUUUUUUUAGAACGCUCGAUUGUGAUUAUCCAAAGAUAAUAAUGUGCCGAUUAGAGCGUGUCUGUUUUUUACUUUUCUCUGCUUUAAUUUGGAUAUUAACUUAUUUGAUAAUUGGUAAAACCUUGAACGUUGGACGUUUCUGUUUUUCUAUUAAUUCUAUUAAUUCUAUUAUGGUUUUUGUAAGCACUAAAUUAUUAAUAAUAUUCUAUACUGAAUUAAGAUUUAUGUUUCAUGUUAGCAAAAAUGAUUACGAGAAUGAUAAUAAUCUUAAAGUUAA